GGGAGUGCUGACAUGCUGUUCAUUGUCUAUGCGCCCAAGCUGUCAUUUGAUCCUGCGUCUAGGCUACAUCCGUAAUCCUGGACAUAGCGAACAACCCUAAGCUGACAUAGUAUAGCCGCAGUUCGCUUGUCACCCACAGAAUACGAAUCGUGUAAUGUGUCAGAUGAUAGAACUGCUGAAGCAGGAAGCUUGUAGUCAUCGUGGCUUCGGAUACCGGCAACAUGAUAUUGAAAGGAUCCAUGGGACGUGUUGGCAACCGGAGCAACAGAUCAUAUAGUCCCUAUGAUGCUGCUUCUUGGUCUCUGGCCAGUGUGCCUUGCAAUAUGCAUCUCUCCGUCCUGACUACUUUGUGUGCAUUUAUUCUAGUGGCGUCGGCACAGGACUCUCCUUUGACGACUCCCACUCUCCUGCCCUUCUACAUUCCAUUUCCCCUCGCUUCUUCUGGCGAUUACAUUACAUCCUACACCAACGACAAAUUCUGGAAACAUGAAUACCGCAACUACCACGUUUCAGUCAUUUCCGCUCGUGGCGACUACGUGUAUUAUGUCAUCGAUUGUCGACCUAAUUUAGAUCAUCCGUCUUGCACGGAACCUUGGGCUUGUCCACAGUCAGUGGUCUGCGCCGAAGAAAUUGUUGAAGCGGGUAGAAUGACUGCCACGCAAAAAGGAUUAGGGAGGCUUGAUUUCUCGUUCCGCUGGGACGAAUGCAGCAAGACCACCGUUGGACAGUCGAGUCAGACUUGUGCGCGAUACGAGUAUCGAUGCAGCAGCAGUACCGCUGUUGAUCAGACUACGCGGCCUUGCGCUAAGUAUGAGAACAUGAGGUGGACCUGGGACGAGGUUCAGGAUGGGACUAGUUAUCUGGAGAUGUCGAGCUUAGGGCAUUUGAGCAGUGCGGCCAAGAUGCUUGUCACAAUUGGUUACGGAGGGGCCGACAAAGUGCCAGCCAUAAGUAGGCAUUCUCUCUGGGUGACUCGAUGCUUAGACGUCAUAUUGGCCAAUCGCUAACGCACAUACCACAGUGUUGAUCAGUAUGCUGAAUGAAGCGGAAGCGAUGAUAAGCGGGACAUUGACGGCCAGUUCAACGGCGCAUGGUGAUGCAGCGCCCAAAGCUACAGGCCGUGUAGGGAGAGAGGCUCUGUUCGGUGCGGCAGGAGCGCUGGGUGCAGCCGUCUUUGGAUUGUAAGUAUGCUGGGUUACAGAUUGAUGAGAAAGAAGGUUUCAAAAGAAAGGUGUGGAGAAAUGGUUGAACGGAGCCAUGGGAGCAAUUGUGACAGGAAUGUGAAAGGUCGCGUGGCCCACGUCAUUGGCGGGUCAGGCUCGCAAUAGAAAGACUAG